AGCUGCGUUCUACACGAGUGUGGGUUUAAGAAAUUUCCUCGAGACGACUUUUCCCCCUUGUCUCCCCACACCUCUCUUUUCAUUUUCCCAUAGUUUUCCUCUUCGUUGCAUGAGCUAUCAUCUCCGGCAGCGGUGAUCGGCGUAAAAUCUCCUUUUCGGAUUUCACUCUCUUACACUUUCGUUCCUUCGUCUCACGGCUGAGAUAAGAGGAGUUGGGACAAAAACCCUACCUAGCUCUUUGCUUGCAAUCCACUCUCUUCUUCAACGAUCUUCCUUCGAAUCCUUAAAUACACAGGUCAAUGGAAAAUAGAGAUCUCAUCACAUCUUGCACGCCAUGUGAGUUGGAGAUUUCUCUUCAAUCAUGCCAUCAUGUAAACAUCGACUCAGAAGUGGGAAUAAAGGAAUUAACAAGCUCCAAUGCAUUAAAUGAUGAUCUAGGCAAGGAUGACGAGAUACCGAAUCCGGAAAUUGGUACGGAGUUUCAAACAGAGAAAGAUGCAUACAAUUUCUACAAUAGUUUUGGAAGGAAAGUUGGUUUCAGUGUUCGGAUAAGUAAUAGGAGUAAUGAUCGCAAAACGGGUUUAUUGAAGAUGAGGAAAUUUGUGUGUUCCAAAGAAGGUAAACGCUCAUUUGAUAAACGCGAUGUCAAUGUGAAGCAUCACCGUGAUGAAACAAGAACAGGUUGCAAGGCAUACAUGACCAUUAGAUUGGGAGAAAAUGGUAAAUAUCACAUUUCCGAUUUUAAGCUUGAUCAUAAUCAUAUUCUUGCAUCUCCAGAAGAAUCUCAUUUGCUAAGAUCACAACGAAAAUCUACGGUAGCUCAAGCAGUAAACAAACAAGCUGGCGGUCGACAGAAUGUUGAACGUAAUACGGUAGAUUGCAAAAAUUCUUUACGAACAAAAAGGCUGAAAGCAAUAGAAAAUUUUGAUGUUAAAGGUCUAUUGGAAAUUUUCAAAAGAAAGCAAAUUGAAGAUCCAAAAUUCUUUUACUCUAUUCAAUAUGAUGCUGAAGAUCGUAUCACCAACAUAUUUUGGGCAGAUGGAAAAAUGAUUUUAGAUUAUGAGCAUUUUGGAGAUGUGAUUUGUUUCGACACGACAUAUAAAACAAAUGAGUAUGGAAGACCAUUUGCACCAUUUCUCGGUGUUAAUCAUCAUAGACAAACAAUUAUUUUUGGUGCCGCACUUCUCUACGAUGAAACCAUGGAUUCUUUCAGAUGGUUGUUUAAAACUUUCUGCGAUGCAAUGUCUGGAAAAAAGCCCCAAACCAUUCUCACUGAUCAGGAUAAGGCGAUGUUGAAUGCGAUUAAGACAGAGUUGUCAGGAACUGUUCACCGUAUUUGUGUAUGGCAUAUGUUUCAGAAUGCAUGCAAAUACCUAAGUCAUCUAUUUAGUGCUUCUCAAUCUUUUGGCAACGAUUUUAGCAAAUGUAUAUUUGAUUUUGAUGAGGAAGGCGAAUUCCUUGACGCAUGGGAAAAAAUGAUCCAGAGAUAUAAUCUUGCAGAUAAUACAUGGUUGCAACAAUUAUUCAAUGAAAAAGAGAAGUGGGCUAUAGUGUAUGGAAAGAAUGCAUUUUGUGCAGAUAUGAAAAGCACACAACGCAGCGAAAGCUUAAAUAAGGAAUUGAAGAGAUACUUGAAUCCUGAGCAAAAUAUUAUCAAAUUUUUUGAACACUUUGAACGAUUGGUAGAUGAUAGACGGAACGCGGAAUUGGAAGCCAAUUUCAAAAUGACACAAAGUUCACCAAUUGUGUUGCUUCCUGUUAGGAUCUUGGAGCAUGCAGCUAGUGUAUACACAUCAACUAUUUUUAAAUUAUUUCAGGCAGAGUAUAUCAAUAGUCUUGAUCAAACUGUGAAAAAAUUAUAUGAGUUUGGGAAAAUAAUAAAAUAUCAAGUACUAGAUAGAAAAAAUCCAAGUCUCUAUGUGGUUACCGUCAACUCAAUGGAUGAGUCCAUCGCUUGCAGUUGUAGAAAGUUCGAAUUCAUGGGUAUUUUGUGUUGCCACAUAUUAAAAGCAACGAAUCAUACCCUCACAGCUAUCCCAACCAAAUACAUCUUGAAGAGGUGGACCCGAGAAGCUUCUUCAAUUUCUUCCCAUUAAUAAGUUCUGGAUGCGGCUCGGAUGGCGACCAUAAGAAAUCCCAGCAUGGUUGAUGCAUUCAAGCAAAGAAAGUCAAUAAUGAAGGUUUUUGAGCGGUUUGGUCCCCAAUUCUGUGAAGGAAAGAAGACUACCUUUGAUGAUUGAGGGGAAGGCAGGGGGCUUUUUGCAAGGUAGCCUGAAGCUCCUCAUUUUGGCGGAUAUUAUAUAGGUAAUAUUAAAGAAAAUAUAAUUUUGAAGUAUUUUGACAAAAUUUUUUAUAUGGUUUUUGUUGUAUAUUUUAAUUUUUGACUUUCUUUUUGUUCUUUUAUUGCCUUCUAUCAUCAUCCUUCAUUAACAAAAUCAGCUCUGAUGUGAUUUUCACAAGGAGAUGCAACAACCACGUGAAAUAUUAGGAAUACAGGUAUGCACGGUGGGCCAAAGAUGAUACACAUGGUUCCGCAUUGUGGGCCAUGCUAUAACAUGCAAGGGACCAAAAUGUCUAAUAGCUUCGGCAAUGGUCAUCAUCUCAAGAACAUGUAUCUAUAUUGCACAUUUUUUAAUUAUCACCAGUUGUUUGUAGCCAUGAAUCGAUGGACCAAUGGUCAUAUAGGCAACAUUUCACAUUUAAACGUGGAUAAUCGACAAGCCAAUGGCCUGAUGGGUGUUAUCUUUUCCAUAAGGCGCAUCCAUGGCAUGGCCCACCACAACAACUGUUUAGAUCACAUGUACGUAGGUGUGAAUUGUUGAUGUUUGCUUCGUAUGUUUCCUCAAGUGCAGAAAACGUUGUGCUCAGGGGGCCUAGCAAAUGGGCCUUAGAUCUGAUUACUUUUGUAAGUAAUGUCAUGUUGACAGCUGACAAUGAUUGUCUUUACUUGUAUUGGAUCUCUUUUAACGGAUAAAAGAUUGUUAGGGCAUA